CAAGGCCCUAUAGAUAAUAGACUAGGAGAUUGCUCAUAGUCAACACUCUGUCAGCUUUUCCAAAAAAAGAGAGCUUCUUUGAACUGCCCACCACUACAAUACCACCUUUCCUCUUUCACUCUCUCUCUCUCUCUCUCUCUCUCUCUCUGCUUCAUUCAUGGAGAUUUUGAAACGUUUCUUUCUCCACACUUUCCUCUUCUACUUCGUUGUAGGGUUGAAUAUUAGCUCACCCACUGAGUCUGCUUCUACAUCUUCUUCUUCUUCUUCUUCUUCUUCUCACUCUGCAGAUGUUGAGCUUCUCUUGGGAAAUAUCAAAGCUUCACUGCAAGGUAACACUCAGAACUUACUCUUAUCUUCAUGGAAUUCCUCUGUUCCUCUUUGCCAAUGGAGAGGCCUCAAAUGGGUCUUUUCCAAUGGCUCCCCAUUGCUCUGCAACGACCUCUCUUCACCCCAAUGGACAAAUCUCUCUCUUUCCAGAGACCCAUCCCUUCACCUUUUCUCUCUUCAGCUCCCAUCUGCCAAUCUCUCAGGUUCACUCCCCAGAGAGCUGGGUGAGUUCUCUAUGCUCAAAAGUUUGUACCUUAACAUCAAUUUUCUGAGUGGAACUAUCCCUCUGGAGCUUGGGUACAGCUCUUCCCUCUCUGACAUUGAUUUGGGCAACAAUUUGUUGAAUGGGGAUUUAGCACCAUCUAUAUGGAACUUGUGUGAUAAUCUGGUUUCACUUAGGCUUCAUGCUAAUUCACUAUCUGGGUCUCUUCCUGAACCUGCAUUGCCAAACUCUACCUGCAGAAAUUUGCAGGUUCUUGAUUUUGGUGAGAACAAGUUUUCAGGGAAUUUCCCUGAGUUUGUUACCCAAUUUGGUGGGCUUAAAGAACUUGAUCUUGGGAAUAACAUGUUUUCGGGUCCAAUUCCUGCGAGUUUAGCUCAGUUGAACCUCGAAAAAUUGAACCUUUCACACAAUAAUUUUAGUGGAGUGUUGCCAGUUUUUGGUGGAUCAAAGUUUGGUGUGGAGGAUUUUGAGGGAAACAGCCCUGGACUUUGUGGGUUACCUUUGAAAAGUUGCAGUGGAAGCUCUGGGUUGAGCCCUGGAGCAAUUGCUGGUAUUGUUAUUGGGUUGAUGGCUGCAACUGUGGUUUUUGUUUCAUUGUUAAUUGGGUAUGUGCAAAACAAGAAGAAGAACAGCAGGGCAGAGAGUGAAGAUGAGUUAGAGGAAGAAGAAGAUGAGGAAAGUGGUGGCGGUGGUGGUGGAGCUGGUGAUCAAGGAAGGCUUAUCUUGUUUCAGGGCGGCGAGCAUUUGACAUUAGAUGAUGUGUUGAAUGCCACAGGACAAGUUUUGGAGAAGACCAGCUAUGGGACUGUUUAUAAAGCAAAACUUUCAGAUGGAGGGACCAUUACUUUGAGGUUGUUGAGGGAAGGUAGUUGCAAGGAUGGGAGUUCUUGCGUACCUGUGGUAAAGCAAUUGGGAAGGAUUCGCCACGAGAAUUUGAUUCCACUGAGAGCUUUCUAUCAGGGGAAGAGAGGGGAGAAGCUUCUGAUAUAUGACCAUCUUCCUCACAGAACCCUUCAUGAUCUUUUACAUGAAACCAGAGCUGGCAAACCUGUGCUGAACUGGGCUCGGCGUCACAAGAUUGCAUUGGGUAUAGCUAGAGGACUAGCAUAUCUUCAUACUGGUCUUGAAACGCCUAUUACUCAUGGGACUGUAAGAUCUAAGAAUGUGCUUGUGGAUGAGUUUUCUGUAGCUAGGCUCACUGAGUUUGGGCUUGACAAGCUUAUGAUCCCUUCCGUAGCUGAUGAAAUGGUGACCAUCGCAAAGAAUGAUGGUUACAAGGCACCAGAACUUCAAAAGAUGAAGAAAUGUAAUUCCAGGACAGAUGUUUAUGCAUUUGGAAUUUUGCUACUGGAGGUUUUAAUAGGCAAGAAGCCUGGUAAAACUGGGAGGAGUGGUGAGUUUGUGGAUUUGCCUUCGAUGGUGAAAGUCGCGGUUUUGGAGGAGACAACAUUGGAGGUUUUCGAUGUGGAGGUGUUGAAGGGGGUAAGGAGUCCCAUGGAAGAAGGUUUGGUUCAGGCACUGAAACUUGCAAUGGGUUGCUGUGCUCCGGUUGCUUCGGUUAGACCCUCCAUGGAUGAAGUUGUGAAGCAGUUGGAGGAGAACAGACCAAGGAAUAGGUCCACUUUGUACAGCCCCACAGAGACAAGGAGUGAGAUUGGCACCCCAUUUUGAGCUUCCAUUUCCCAAAUGUUAAAAUUAUGACUUUAAUUGAUAAUCUUGUCUCUCUCUCUCUCUCUCAUUCAGUAGAGCAUUGUAGUUGAUGGUGGUGAUAGUGUUUCUUUAUAUGGUGGUCAUAUUUCUAGGAUGAAAAUCAAUUCAUGGUCUAAAUGUAUUUUAUGACAAUGCUUUCUCUUAGUCUCCUUCUCAAGCAGUGUGCUGGAAUUUAUGAAAUCUCAAUAUAUUUAUGUUUAUGCUGCAA